AUCGGCAAUGUAAUACUUACAGCACAUAUCCUAAAAUAUCAAGCACAUAAAGAUAGAUAUUACGGACUAAUAUUACACGAGGGUAUGUUAUUCAAUUUUACAAAUUAUUCAACAUGUAAAUUUUAUUUUGAUGUAAAUAACUAUUUUACGGGAUCUAUAACCGCUGGGGGCUCUGCCAGUAUACAGCGAAACUCCCAAAGCCUUGACAGCGGACGUACCCCACCCUAUGAUGACCAGGACAUAUAUGGACACAAAGCACACAUCACAACAGCCUCAAAGGCAAUCACCCGUAUUAAUGAGUAAUUCAUACGGAAUACAGAGAGGCCGCAGUGUACUGCCCUCGGAUGCCAACUCUGGCAGUCUGGCUGCAGCCUCUAAGCGCUCCAAUCCGCUUACACCGCACUUUGAGCAUCUGGUGCAAAAGUUGCUCAAGCAGUGGCAUGCCCCAGGUGUAUCGAUUGGAGUUGUAGAUGGAGAUGAUAUUUAUACAGCAGGUUACGGAUUGGCGGCCUUGCCUAAUGUACCAGCCACUUCUGCGACCUUAUAUGCUACCGCAUCUACAACAAAGGCAUUUACCGCAGCAUCACUUUCUUGUUUAAUCCAUAGCGGUGAAUGCCCGCAACUAGCAAGAGGCUGGGAUACACCCAUUUCCUCGCUCAUGCGAGAUGACUUUCUGCUUCAUGAUGAGUGGGCAACAGAGCACGUCACUCUCGAUGACGCCGCGUGCCACCGCACCGGCCUCCCUGGAGGUGACUUUGGCUGGAGAGAUACAGAUGACGGCCAGAUUCCCUCAGAUCAACAUCGCGUUCGGCAACUGCGUCAUGUCAUGCCGUCCCUAGAACCGCGCCUACAACUCCAGUACAACAAUUCCAUGUACGUCGUCCUCGCGCGAGCCACAGAGGUCGUGACUGGCAAUCGCUUCCCAGAAAUCCUGCGUGACAAGAUCUGGGGCCCCUUGAAAAUGGACAACACCUUCCUCGACACAUACCAGGCGCUAAAUACGAGGCUACCGCUAGCCCGCGGCUACAACUGGAACGAGGAGCACAAAGAGCAGCGCGAAUAUCCCGUCGAGAGCGUCCGGUCGUCCAGUGGCGCUGGCGGUACCAUUUCCAACGUGAUAGACUACACGAGGUGGAUUCACUGCCUCUUACAUAGAGGCCCAGAGAUUCCUGGCAAAGUACACGACGACUUGCGCAAAAUGCGUACCAUGGACACAGAUGAAACCCUCUAUGGUCUGGGCUGGGUCAAGACGCUACGGUACGGAGAGACCAUGUACAUCCACACUGGUGGCAAGGACUGCUUCACCAGCUACAUCAUGUGGUUUCCAGAGCACAAAUAUGGUCUGGUGGCAAUGACCAAUACCGGCCUAGGCAGCCAUGCUGCCCGGAUUGCGCUGGCUAAGCUGAUUGAAGACCGCUUCGAAGUGCCUUAUAAGAAGCGCAUUGACGCAGACAAGGAGUUUGAAAAGCUUUGGAGACCAGAGGGCAAGUCGCCCCAAGAUGGCCUGAAGAUGUGGUAUCCCGAUGUGCAGCUCCCGAGCCCGAGCGAUGUCGGUUUGCUGGAUAUUAUCGGAACCUACCGAGCGCCAGGACACGGCCGUUUCGUUCUUGUUGAGAACGAGCGCGUAGACAAGAGUGGAAACAGGACUUUGCUAACCGCUGAUACGUCGAGCAAAGACAGAUUCCGAAACGAAAAGUGGCAUAUGCGCCAUGUCUCUGGCAGGUUCUGGCUCAUCGAGGUGUUUGACAGCAUCGUGGAUGUAUGCUACGGAUUCCAUGGCGCAGAAGUCAUUGUUGGCCCAGCAGGCCAGGUAACUGGUCUCAAGAUUACCUUGACACCUCCGGGUUCGAAACCAGAUCACGGCUUUGUCCUCUUUUCCAAGGUCUAGGCGCAGACCUGUCAUGAUCUUUCGGCGUGGCGUUUUAGUGUCCCAAGAAAAAGUACUGUUUUUGCAUAAUUUUGAUUACAUGCGGAAAAAAUAAUAAUCAAUAAUCAAAAUUGAAUGCUCAAGACGAAAAACAAAACAAAAUGUGCCACAAUCUGACAGUCGCUUCACGUUCCUUCAUGUCCAUGAUGUUGAUGCCUUGUACAGAGUCCUCCUCGCUAUCCAUCUACCUUACCACGCAUUACGAUCCCAAUUCGGGUCUGCGCCCACACUGUUAGCAUACCAUUUCCUAUACAUCAGAGCACAUCUACUCACCCUGGACAAAGGCCGCGAGGACCUUGCUGCCCGUCUGCAGCAGCGGGUGUCCGACAACAAUCUUGAGGAACUUUUCUAGACCCGCGCGGCGGCCCUCGAUGACAUCGUCGCUGAAGCGGUUGGUAAAGACCUUGCCGGGCAGCGGGGGAAUGGUGACGCGGGCGCUCUCGCGCUCGAGAAUGUCGCGAAAGUAUUCAAAGUCCGAGUAUCGGCGACGGACGCUGCUCUGGCGCAGCUUGAAGGCGGGGAUAUUGGUGCGGCAGAGUAUUUCGUAGUCGGUGUACAUGGAGCGGCCGAUGCCGUGUGUUCUGGGGUUGCGAAUCUUUGAUUUCCGUUAGUACUUCCGUAUAUAGAACCACGUAUGACCUGGGCUGCGUACCUCGAUUUCGAGAAAGUUCUCCGGCGGGCCGUAGAUUUCCUCGAAGCUCUGCUGUCGGGAGUCGGGAAGCGCCUGCAUCGUGUCUGUUGCGCAAGCCGGAGCUUUUGAAUAGAAGAUAUAUAUGUAGGAGGGUAGAAUACAAGCGGGAGCGCUUCGUUGGCAGUGCCUGCACGGCCACAGCAGAAGCUUCGACAGAAGAUAGACGGGGAGCUGAAGUUCACGGUGCGGUGUGCGCCGCGGUUCGACUAUGUAUGCGCGGUUCGCUGUCCGUCGGUGAUUUGUCUUACUGUUUAUACAGUUACUUCGAAUCCAAGACCACGCAAUAAUCACAGGCGGCUAAAAAGACAAAAAGAUAGGCGGGCGUGGAGUUUUUUUUAUGGCAACGGCUGGUGAUGGCUCGUGAAGAAAGUGGGGGGUUGAGUGACGACAGCUCGCAGCGCAGGUCACGCUACCAACAAACGCCCUCCAUCCGCCAUGGGGAUGUAACGAACCGCAGUGCAGUAUACAAUCAUGGGAGUUACAGCUGCCCUACUUUUAAAGAGCAUGUUAUUUGAAAUUACAAGUUGUGUAUAUUUUAACAAGAUUUUUGUUUUUUUACAGUACAAGACUACUAGUAACCCUGCAUGCAUGCAUCAACGCCAGUCCAGUCCCCCUCCCUAAAACGCCUGCUCUGUGCCAUGUUGUGUUGUGUGUGUUAAUUACAAUAAAAAAAGAUAAUAAAUCAAGUUGGAGGACUCCAUGAUACCACCCAGGUAAUCUGCCGCUUUGUUCUCUUGCUUCUUAUUUCUUGUCGGCAAACUUCUCGUGAAUGGCGCGGACUUGCUCCUCCACGUUGAUAUUCUGCAUAUGGUUCAUCUGCGCCUGCGGCGUGCUGUUGGGGUUGCCGCCAAAGCUGUUCAGCGACAACUUCUUGCGCCGGGCCAGCUCCUCUUCUGUCAGCUCCUGGCCUGUUACUGGGUCGAAUAGAUCGCGGCGUUGACUGGCCAGUCGCUUCAGGUUGUUUGCCACAUCUGCCGUAGAAACGGUCGUGGAGGCAUAUCGUGCGUCUGCCCUUGACUUUUGCUCCUUCCAGCGAGGAUCCAGCAGCUCGAUGCGCAUGUGCUCCUCAAUCUCGUCCACUGGGAUCUGCUGGUUACAGUUGCGGCAGACCGUCAUAGCCUUGGUCUGUACCUUUUGUGCGGCGCGCGGCACGUAGUUUUCACGAAUCUUCAUGCCGCCUGGCGCACCAGGGCGAGCUGGCGCGGCUGCAGGUUCCACGCGAGCCGUUUCAGCCUGCUGUUGUUGUUGAGCAAGGCGAGCUUGUUCUGCGUACGGGUCAGCACCAUAUGGCGGCUGGACAGCACCGUAUACUUGUGCUUGAGGGUAUGCAGGAACGUAGUUGGGUGGCUGCUGGGGACCGGCCCCAGGGUGAACAGGGAGAGGAUAGGAGGGAGCAGGCUGCUGUGGAACAAAGCUGCCUUGCGACAACUCUUCGCCGGGCAUGGCCUCUUCGAUGCGUAAGCUUGCGCUGAUGGAUGCCUUGUUGCGGUCUUCGAGAGACGCAUAUUGCAGCUCGGAUAGGUUGGUUGGUGGCGGCAGGUUCGCCGUCUCGUCUGAUUCAGUAAAGGUAAUAGUUUCCACCACGACAAAGUCGCCCCAGUCGAUCCGCGCAAACUCUGCUUGGGCCUCUUCGGCUUCGGCUUCCUUCUUCUUGCGCUCCUCUUCCUGAAACUUGAUGUACUCGGCUCGCUGCUUGGCUCGCGCCAGGACGUGAAACUUGUCGGAGAUGUUCUUAUUGAGCUCUUCGAUUCGUUCCUCCUGCAGCUUGCCGCCCUCGCCACCAAGGCCGCCGGCACGCAGCAGCAUGGUGUACUGGUCGAUAAUGUGUUGGAAGAAGUUGUGGAGGGUGUGGUUGGGGAUGAGGAACUGGAACUGUGGGUUGCCUGUUUCGCGCUGUGCAAGCUGGGUCAUCCACUGGCGGCCGUUCUUGGCGACAAAAAGCGCCGUCAGACGAAUAACGUCGAGAUCCUUUUGGUUGAUGCGAGGCAUGCGGGCCGAGAAUUGAAAGUCGUCUGGCUUGGGUGGUCCCUUUGGCUUCUCUGGCGCGGGCGCCGCUUCACCAGCUCGGCCGGCGGCGACAUCAGUGCCUCUACCGGCGCGAAUCUCCGUCAGGCGCCAUGUGUAAAACUCGUGGUAGGCAUCGGUGGGAUGGAGGAAGCUGAAUUUCGGGUUGCCUUGUUCUUUAUCGCGGAUACGGUCUUCGAAAACUGCACCGUUGCGGGCAACGUAGCCGGCUGUCUUUUCGAGGAUGUUGCGGAUCUCCUUGGGUGGCAGGACGACUCCCGAGGGCGGCUUGAGACUAUCUAGAGUAUUGUCCUGAUCGCCAUUGGCGGCUGACGC